AUGGGUCAAACCGGAAAGAAAUCUGAGAAGGGACCAAUUUGUUGGCGAAAACGUGUGAAAUCAGAAUAUAUGAGACUGAGGCAGCUCAAGAGGUUCCGACGUGCGGAUGAAGUAAAGAGUAUGUUUAAUUCUAAUCGUCAGAAGAUACUGGAAAGAACUGAAAUCUUAAAUCAAGAAUGGAAACAACGUAGGAUACAGCCGGUUCACAUCAUGACUUCUGUGAGCUCAUUGCGCGGGACCAGGGAGUGCUCUGUUACCAGUGACAUUGAUUUUCCAAAACAAGUCAUCCCACUGAAGACUCUCAAUGCUGUUGCUUCUGUGCCUAUAAUGUAUUCUUGGUCUCCCCUUCAACAGAAUUUUAUGGUAGAGGAUGAAACUGUUUUACAUAACAUUCCGUAUAUGGGAGAUGAAGUGCUUGACCAGGAUGGUACCUUUAUUGAAGAACUGAUCAAAAACUAUGAUGGGAAAGUGCAUGGAGACAGAG